CAGUUUCACAUCCUUCCUUUGCGCCGCCUCUCCCUUCAUUGGCCAAGGAGGAAAUUACACCAAACGGAGUAUUUUACACAGGAAGUGGGGGAGCGAGGAAAUGGCUGGCACGUGCAAAUAUGGUGCGUCCGUCCAGAUCCAAUGGAGGCUUGGCGCGUGUCGUCACCCGACACCUACUCAGAAUAUUCUUCUCUCCCCUUGCGGCCAUCUCUAUAAGGCCAAGGGAAAAGGAGUCUUAUUGUGCCGACAUAGCCGCCCUUCUGUACUGAGCAGAUCUAGUAGUAGGAGAAUUUGUUCUUUCAGUUUCGGAAAGAUGAACAGCGGCGACGAGAACGGCGGAGUGACGGCUGCGAGUGCGGUGUUGUCGUCGUCUGCGGCGGCGGUUGAGGCGGAGCAGCAGAAGCUGAAGAAAGGGAUCGCGGAGUUCUACGAUGAGUCUUCCGGGAUAUGGGAGGAGAUAUGGGGAGACCAUAUGCACCACGGCUUCUACGAGCCGCAGGCGUCCGUCUCCCUCUCCGACCACCGCGCCGCUCAGAUCCGUAUGAUCGAAGAGGCCCUCCGUUUCGCCUCCGUUUCCGAGGAUCCAGAGAAGAGACCAAAGAACAUAGUAGAUGUUGGAUGUGGUAUUGGAGGCAGUUCUAGGUACUUAGCCAGGAAAUAUUCUGCCAGGUCUGAGGGCAUCACUCUAAGCCCUAACCAAGCAAAGAGGGCUCAAGCUCUGGCUGCUGCCCAGGGAUUGGGGGAAAAGGUUUCUUUUCAAGUUGCAGAUGCGCUGAAUCAGCCCUUUCCUGAUGGAGAAUUUGAUUUGGUGUGGUCCAUGGAGAGUGGCGAACACAUGCCAGACAAAGCAAAGUUUGUUUCGGAGCUGGCACGAGUGGCAGCCCCAGGCGGCACAAUCAUCAUAGUUACAUGGUGCCACAGGGAUCUUUCCCCUACAGAACAGUCUUUGCGCCCAGAAGAGCAACAACUGUUGAACAAGAUAUGCAGUGCUUUUUAUCUCCCCGCAUGGUGUUCUGCUGCUGAUUAUGUAAAGCUACUCCAAUCCAACUCUCUUCAGGACAUCAAGGUCGCGGAUUGGUCUGAAAACGUUGCCCCUUUCUGGCCAGCAGUAAUAAAAUCAGCAUUGUCAUGGAAAGGCAUUACAUCACUGCUAAGCACUGGAUGGAAAACAAUAAGAGGAGCUCUGGUAAUGCCGCUGAUGAUUCAAGGGUACAAGAAAGGUCUGAUCAAAUUUGCCAUCAUUACCUGUCGGAAAUCUGAUGAAUGAGGAAAUUAAAGCUGCUGGUUGAUAAGCGUAUAUAACUAGAUUUACGGAGCAUUAAUAUUAUUGUUUUCAACUCUAGCGGGAUUUAUUCCCUAUUCCCUAUUCCCUAAAAGAUCUGAUCUACAGAUCAAUAAUCAUCCUCAAGUAAAAACAUUGCCCUGCCUUCUGUCUGCUGCAGGAGCCCAGGGUGUGAUUGAUGAUUUUGGUUUGUUUAGCCUCGUUAGCAGCAUAUGAAUCCAGUAUUUUAUUGUGUGAAAUGAAGCAGGAGGCUCUAUUUGACAA